AUGAAGGCGAUUGUUCAGAAGGAAAACCAUCCGGUCAAGCUACAGCCUUCUGAGUCGCACAAACCUCGACCUCAGUUUAAACUCCCGUCUCAACCACUGCAACCCAUCCAUCUGACAACCACUAUUCCCUCCGCCUUUAUGCCACACCCGAACGACCUGUCCUCUGAUCCAUAUGAUGGUCCAUUAACUUCGACGGUGUACUUUAUCUCACCUAUCACGACCAUCCUCGCGUAUGGAGGGCUUGAAGGCGACCACAUAUCAGUGCACGACCUCAUUGAAGCAUACAGCACUCUUUCAAACAGAAUCAGGACACAAAUACGGCCUCUCCUUGAUCUACCCAAUCUCAACCCUCCCGCCUUGCUUCCACUCAAGGAGUGCUCAUCCCAACUCAGUUUCGCACUCAAACGAGAUCUGAAACGUUCUCGGGAGCAACCAUUCGAUUCCUCGUAUGCGUCGUGGAGUCCUCUCGAGACUUCUCUCCAGAAGGACGCUGACGAGCUCCGUCUCCUACGUGACAAUGCAGAACUUGAACAACAUGUCCUUCGUUUUGUGUCUGAGAUUUUCGCUUUCGUGCCACUUUUCUCCUUAUUCUCAACGGAUGACCUGCGCUCUAUAUUGGAGGAACUGAUCAUUCUGGGCACGUCAUUAGCCCUUCCUAAUUCUACGGCUAUUCGCACUUGGACGUUCAUUGUUUGGACAAUAUCAGCUCAGAAUCUGCCACCAGUGGUGCUCAAUCCUCUCAACCAACCACUCGCAUCAUUUUUGAAGCGAGCAUUCGACAACCCAUUGAGCUUCGACGGUCAAGCAAGGAAAGAAAUACCCAAAGCAGAAGUGAUCAAGGCGUGCUCCAAGUUAUUGCAGCAAGACCCUGUCACUUUCUUGGGUUCGCUAUCCAGCCUCUUUAUUCCCAUCUUGGAGAAGCUUGUUGUCGAUGGACUGAACGUUCGUCUGCAGGCUGUAAAUGCUUUGGGUCGAUUUGCACUCGCGACACUAGACACUCGCACAUCGAGUCGAUCACAGACAGUCCUCAACAAAUCCCUUGUGGACUUCCUCACCAUGCAAUCAUCAAGAGGCCCUAAUAUGAGAAUCCAAGCUCAGCUUCAAAACCUAAUCAAUCAGGGGCUGGCCACCAGCAACCCAUCACAUCCUGCCAUCAGUCCGUUUUGGGUUGUGCAACUUUUGGCUUGCGUUGUUGUCAUCCUGAAAGAAUCGUUUUUUUCCAACCCGGCAAUCCUCAAAUUGACGUGCGAAUCUCUCCGCGCCGUACUGAGCCACAAGCAAAACAUCGUCAUCGGCCUUCACCCUCACGUGUGGAAAUGCCUCAUAUGGGUGUUCUCUCAUCUUCCUGUUUCUGAUACGAGGGAAGCGGCUUUCAAGCUCGUCAAACAGGAGAUUCGAAGUGAUAUCCCUUUCGCGUUCAUCUCUACGCUCCUUGGAGCUGAAUCCAAAGCGAACAGCUCAGAUUCCGUUCCAAAGGUUUUGGAGAUUGUGGAGGAUAUGCUCACCAGUGGGGAACAAAAAAUGCAGGCGACAGGUAUUGCGGUGGUCACAAGAUUGCUAUAUGUUCCUCCAGGAUGUGCUCUUCCGUCCUUCUCCCUUCUUUCGCCCGCAUUAUUUGAUGGCACUCUGCUCCAUCCAAGUCGGCGAAAGGUGAUCGAAUUAACCCGAUUAAUACCUCGAUGCGAUAUUCUCCACAUUCGUCAACUUGCCGAGGAAGAGGUGCUUGCUCAUUGGGAUGAUCUUGCCAAUAUGUGGCGAAGGGCAGUCUUGUUGCUCAUGACUCACCAGCUGGAUGAUGUAAAACUGAGCCCUCCUCACCUUUCACUCACUGAGUAUACGGAAAAUUUGAUUCUACAUGGUUGGCAAACCCUCCUACUAAUGCCCACCGAAAUAACGCAGGGUCACAUGCAUUUUACUCCAACCGAAGGCUUCUCUGGAAACGCGAAGUUCACUGCGCUGAUGCAGUCUUUCCUCGACGAUUUACCUGCAGAUCCGAUCACUGAGGUUGCAUGUCUUCAGCUCCUCAGCAAGAUGUGGCGUGGGUUGUGUAACGCCUUCGAAGUUAACCGACUUGCAUGGGCUUCGCAGACGGUGCUUGGUGCGAUUGUCAAACAUCGAUUCACCUUGACGGACGCGGAGGUCAAAUCGGAAUGGGCUCAAAUGUGCUCCGCUUUGAUGGCCGUCGGCAACCCUAACAUCAGUGAUAUCAUCACAGCGGUUGAUGAUCAAACGAUGCCAACAGGAAUCCAGCAGCAGCUUUGGUCGGCCUCAGUGGCAUCGGCGGGACAGGGAAGUAGUAGUGUUGACUGGCAGGACCUGGCUCAUCUGCUUAGCGCCCCGCUUGGGGUCUGGUCGUUGUCGAAAGAGCAAGACGAUCAAUGGGAAACACUUCUUCGGACUGCAGUCACAGUCAGCCCCGGUGUUCAAGUUUCUACCGUUGUCGAGCAUGUUAUCUUGCAGGUCGGUGACUGGCGAAGAUUCCUUCCCUCGCUCAACCAAUUUGCCACCCUCAUCUCAUUCUUCGACUUUGAAGAGCGGACUGAACUUCCGAUCGAUAUUCUGAACAUUGUCGUCCAUCUACUUGAUACCCUCUAUUCUUCACGCUCUGUGACAUCAAGCGCCCUUCAGCUUAUCCGUCUUGUCCGAGACUUCUUCACGUCUUGUCCGGUUAAUCUGUUGGUUCCGUUGGUUUCCAAUCUCAUUCAACCCAUGUGCCGAUGGCUGAGAGACGAAGACCAAAUUCUAGAUGACUCAGCUCAAAGCCAAGUGGUUAAUGCUUUCUUCACCAAUCCACUCAAUGAGCUCGCAAAAGUGGAUCCGACCCUUGAUACUCUUCGUCUAAUAUCUCCUUUACUGGAGACAUUAGCCGAUCCCGAUGGAUUCGAGAAAUUUUGGGCUGCAACAUAUCAUGGACGCGAUGAUCUCAUAGCAGGCUAUCCCUCAGGCUUGAAGACAUGUCUCAAGGCAUUUACUGACGUGUUUGGGGGCAGUCUUGCUAGAGGGCUUUCGUUGGAACCCCAUUCACAAAUGGAGGAUCAAAUUGCAUUCGACUCCCAGCAACCUUUUCUCGUGGAGUCACAAACGAGACUUCCUGUAGAAUCACAGGAUUACUUUGCUGAUGCAUCGCACCAUCCUGCGGUCAACGAUACGAUUGGGUUAGUUAGGAUCCAGCCCAGUGCAGAGAGCGAAGACGACGAUAAGGAGACUGUUCGGCCAGUACCAUCAGAAGAGCAACUUGUAAAUUCGUCCAACGCUCGAUGGGUGUCCCCUCCAGUUUCGUCCCCUCCUCACAUGCAAUCCUCCCCACCACCGACGAGCCCAGUCCGUACUCCUACGCCUCCACGACUUCGUACCAACUUUUAUUAUCCUGCUGCUUCCGCUGCGAAACCACUCAGCCUCUAUGACAACCAUGAUAUCCUAAUACAACCAUCUGGUCUGCGUGUCGGAAAGCCAUCACGACCCCGGAGCCCGGUCUCCUCAUUUGGGGAAAUGUCUGUCUCUUCAUCACAGCGGGCGAGCCCUUGGCGAAGGAAACGCCCACUUGCUACUCCUUCUAUCGUAUCUCCCACAAAGCGCCGCAAGCUCGUGCAUUCACCUGAUCCUAUUAUUGCUGGACCUUCAAGAGUUGCGGGGGAAUCAUUCUCAGAACCCACAAGUCGAAGACAAUACUUGAGGCUCUCCCCACAUGCACGAAGUGAACCUGCCGCGUCACAGCAAAUGGCGAGUAGGGCUAAUAACGAGUCACCACGAUUCUUCAUCGAUUGCGUGGAGGUUCCGACUUAUGCGGAGUUGAGGAGGUCGCAGCAGUGGCAGAUGGAGAACUCCCUGCCGACACCUGCGCCUUCUUUUCGUUCCCGACCAGCAUCGACACCUGUCGUGAAGGAAGAAGAGGAGGAUUACGGGAGCUGGGAGGCUAGCUUAUCGAUGUCGGAUGUGCGCUUAGUCCAGGAGUCUCUGGCCGAUGAAGUCAGUUUUGAGGCCCGUCAACCAUCGGAGGUGAUAGCUGACACUGUUGAAAGGCGGCCUCAGCGAAGCGCUACGGAACCUACGCCGCAUACCCCACACGACCCGCCUCCCCUUCGCCGCAACCAGACAAGCGGUGUAGACGAUGCCCUCGAGCGAGCCUACGAAGCUGUUGUCGGGGCACACUCUCAGACAGGCGUGGACGAGCUACUAGUUUACAAUCGAUGGGUAAAUCAGAUUGGUGCUGCUGUUAAUGAGCGGUUGGAGACCGCGCAGAAGAAGGUGAAGAAAACUAGAAAGAAGAGGCGUUGA